AUGUACCCUCACUUGUACAAGGGGCUGAAACUGAGACCAGAAGACCUGACAGCAUACGACUCCCCUUUGGUGAGUUUCGUAGGGAAAACUGUCACUCCAAAAAGCCUGAUUAGGCUGCCUAUACAGACAGGCUCGGACAUAGUGGAGGUGGACUUUAUAGUGGUAGACGCAUACUCACCCUACACUGCCAUUGUAGCCAGAUCGUGGCUCCACGCCCUAGGAGCCAUAUCAUCAACCUUACAUCAAAAGGUGAAGUACCCAUCAGAGGCUCGAGUCAAAGAAGUGAUAGGGGACCAAAUCGUCGGCUCAAAACUGCCGCCCCAAGAGAAGGAAAAGCUGAUUGACUUUCUUAGAAAGAACGUGGACGUGUUCGCAUGGGACACCUACAAGGCUCCGGGAGUCGAUCCGAAUUUCAUUUACCACCACCUUAAUGUUAGCUCGGCCGUGACACUUAAGAAACAACCUCCUUGGCAACCGUCGAAAGAGCAUGCUGAUGCAGUGAAAGAGGAGGUGAUGAAAUUAAAGAAAGUAUGGGCUAUCAAAGAAGUUUUUUACCCCGAGUGGCUGGCCAACACAGUUGUGGUAAAGAAGAAGAGUGGGAAAUGGCGAGUCUGCAUGGACUUCACAACUUGA